CCACGCACGCACUGCCACAGCAUGAUAGACCCAAUUUAGGUUCAUAAAAAGCGCUGCGCUCUGAGCCUUUGGCGUAGUUGUGACACAUUUUGCGCUCAGACCGGUGUCGUGAAGAGAAUAUAGACAUUUAUUAUUAUGAAAUGUUUAUUAUGACACAACUAACAAAAUAGUCAAACUUUACAGUCAAUGCGGGCUAUCUGGUUCACAAGUGAUAACGUGUUCGCUGGGUUUCCAAGUUUAAAGAAAAAGCCUAAAGCUCAACACCGGACCCGUUCAACGAGCACGGUUUUGUGGAUUCAUUCUUGUCACGUGACAAGAGCGGUCCCGUUCUAAACUGGUACCAUUUAUCCCCUGUAAACCGGGCAGGAUGUUACGAGCUCAUCAGGGGCCAUAAAGGAGAGCGGAUACACGACCUACGGCACUGUCCAACCAAAAUGUCCUCACCAGGGUCCAGGCGGAAUAGUUGCCGUGGAGCUGCGUGUGGAAGCCGGGCAACUUUUGAAUACCAAGUCCGUCGCCGGAGCUCCAGCUGUUCUUACUUUGCCUCUGGAGCGCAAACGGGAGACUUUUCAGUCAGUCUGAGUCAGCCGAUAUGUACUGUAACGCUCCGGUUUUUGCUGGCGAUAGAUCUAUGGCUGUCCAAACGGCUCGGAGUAUGCGCCUGUGAGGGGUCUGCAUGGGGCAGCAUACGGCCCUUGGUCCGGCUGGUCGAGUUCUCCGGUCAUGUCAUCCCGUGGCUCAUCGGCACCGUGUACACUCUUCUCCGUGGACGAAGUGUGGAGGAGCAAGAGAUCAUGCUGAAUUUGGCAUUGGCUCUGAUUUUGGAUUUGCUGCUUGUCAGACUUGUGAAGACUCUGGUCAGACGUCGCAUGCCCACCCAGAACCGCUCGGAGAUCCUCUCCACCUUCUUCGUGGAGCGCUAUUCUUUUCCCUCCGGCCACGCUUCACGGGCGGCCAUGUGCGCCCGGUUCUUCCUCGCCCAGCUGGUGGACACAGACUCCAUGCGGCUCCUGGUGGUGGGGUGGGCUGCUUUGGUGAGCCUGUCCCGACUGCUGCUUGCAAGACACUAUGUGACAGAUGUGGGCUUUGGCUUGGCCAUGGGCUACUGCCAGUACAGUCUGGUGGAAAGACUGUGGGUGACUUGGGACUGGUUGCAGGACGCGCUGCUCAUUGGCCUGGGAGAGAGGCUGAACAGGGCUUACGAUGGACUCUGGAUGCUAGAUGGGAAACAUUAGGUCAGGUUUAGGUGUGUGUGCAUGUAGGAAAAUGUUGAACAUGAGUGGGUAAUUCUGAAAUUCCUGAUUAUUGAUGUUAUUUUAGGAUUCUUAUAUGUUUUAAAAAAAUCUGUA